AUGUCAACUGAUUAUCACAAGCAGCAUGUUUUCUUACAGGAGCUGGUUACCUCCUGUAGUAGACAUUUGUGUUCCGGAUCCAAGAGAUGCGUCAUUCGUUCUAAUGGAGCUACAUACUGUACUCAGUCAGAGGAGCGUGUGAAUCAAUGGAGACCGAUUUACGAGACGGAUGACACUGGAGGAGUAGUCUCUGGACGGAAACAUGAUCUGAUAUCUGCUUUCAAAUCGGCUUCCAUUGUACGGGUGUAUGUGCCAUCCUGGAAUCAGACCUUCAACCUCGGUUUUACAUUUGUCCAUGCUUCCAAAAACAUUUCUUGUUCACAGUCACUGUUUCAGAUAGCCAAGAAAAGCUGGAACAUAUUUUCCGAGAAAAUAACUCGUGUGAUUUACAUGUUCUGUGAAUCCGGGUACUAUCAAAAACAUCACCUUGGUAGCGUUGACGGACCCAUCAAUCCAGAUGAGUUUGGUUUAAUUGGAAUGAAAUGGUUUACAAGAUAUUAUUGUCAACACCUUGAAAGAUUUCCAAUCUAUUGCCACAAUAAGGAAGGUCAAACAACCUGCGGUUCGUUUCCUAAACUUGAAUCAGAUAUACUUCAUGGCGCUGAAGUCCGCAUCUUUGCUGGCAACCACAUAUAUUGUCAAGUUUUAGAACAAAUCGUUGUCAAAUACGACGUGGUGGCUGCACAGUUUCAGCGAAGAGUAAGCAGUAUUUCAAAUUUGGCAUCCAACACUACACUGUCUCGCAAGUUUGUACAGUCCGAUCCGUUCUGGGUGUACGGCAUAUAUAGUUCAGAUGGUACAUAUAAUAAAAUGAAAUCGUUCAUAGGGAAAGACGCACAAUCGACCGAAAUUAAAGAAAAAAAAGUAGACUGGUAUACCGAUAUGUGUUGGUCAGCUGUCUACUCCCAUAGCAACAAUGGUGAUUCUCUCAGCGGGUCCAAAAACAAACUACGAGCUAGCAUCAUGGCUGGCAAAAUAGUUCGUAUAGUUUAUAACAAUGUGGUGGCUGGAGAACCUGACAGUUUGUUUGUAGACACGGAUGGACAUGUUACUGCCCAGCUUCUUAAUCAAAUAUCUAUUUUACCCCCGAGUUAUUUUCAUUCAAAUGCUUACUGGUAUUGGCUGAUGAUUUCCUCACGGGGGUUUCAAAAUAUUCUAAGAAUAUAUCUUGGAUCAUAUGCUUUUAAGAGCACUGAUAAUAGGAUUACUAGAGUCCGUUGGUAUGCAAAUACACGUCCAUGGAGGAAGCUAUUAAUGGUUUCAUCAUCAGGGUCCAUAAUCACUGGAUCGAAGCAUGAACUGAGAGGGUCGUUGGAAUCAGGUGGCAUGUUACGGUUAGUAUUAACAUUUCCGAACAGGACAGUGUUGGCUUUCUCUCCCGACAAUAUCGAGUAUCAUGGAGGAGAGGUCUCUGCACAAUUUGUUCGGCAUGUUGGGCAUGUACAGAAAUCAGGGUCAAAAGGGAGGGUAUUUCCUACAGCGCCUUACUGGAAUUUUAUCAUGGUCACUACAGAGGGAACGCUGACAUCCUCUUUGUGUGAUGUUAGAACAAAUUAUCAACUAUCUACCGAGUCUGUUAGUGUGGCAACUACAUGGUUUGUAAACUAACAGUUUACUUAUAUUUACACUGCAUGUAUUUCAGGAUUUUAUCAUUUGUUUAUAUCAUGGCCUAGUCGGUAGCAGACAGUAGAAUCAUGUCGUGAUGAGUACAGUCAAGCGUGACCGUAGGCCACUCUCCCCUAGAACGUGGGUUCGACUUCAAUAUCUUUAUUUACUUGAGCCAGCUUGCACAAUACGGGUAGAGUACAGACAUUUCAGUUUAUUAUCUCAAGUUACGCAAUAAUGUACGUUCAGUAAUGAAACCGUGCUAAAAACAUAAAAUUAAUUUGUAUCAUUGUAUGUCAAAGGGAUCAGUUUUUUUAAAGAUGCAAAUCCCCCAAGCGGAACAAUGUCAUUACGGAUACUUCAUUACGUAUGCACACACACGAACUUUUUCUUCGGGUGCACGCUCACGAUCUUUGUCUUCGAAGUAAACUAUUCUAGCCUUU